UUAAAAAUUGAAAGUUUAUCGAAAUUAAAACCAAAUGGGACUUACUUAUUUAAAAAUGUUUCAUUAAUGUUAUAUGAUAAUGAAAUAUUAACUAUUUCUGGUCCAAGUGGUGUAGGGAAAACUACGUUGUUGAAAUGUAUCUCUCAACUGGCAAUAUAUGAAGAAGGUGUUAUAUUCUUAGAUGAUAAAUCUCCUGAAGAAUACGGAAUUACAAAUUGGAGAACUCGUAUCAUGUACGUCCCGCAGAGAACUCCUAUAAUGCAAGGCUCACCGUUGGAAUUUCAUGAAAAUGUGCUAAAGUUUAGUUCACUACAAAAGAACAAGUACAAUCAUGAUGAUCCGAUUGAAAUAGCUGAACGAUGGAAUAUUGAUAGAGAUUUAUGGGAAAAAAAUUGGAAUCAAUUAUCAGGUGGUGAAAUACAGCGCAUUUCACUAGCUAUUGCUCUAUCAUGCAAGCCACAAGUAUUGCUUCUUGAUGAACCAACAUCGGCACUGGAUCCUACAACUUGUCUUUUAGUUGAAAGAACUCUUAAAGAUUAUACUUGUAUUUGGGUUACGCAUAAUAUGGAACAAGAAAAUCGUGUAUCUAACCAUCGACUAGUUUAA